AUGACUUCUUCAGCGGCGACGACAUCCUUUUCUGCCCUCCGGAUAGGUUCUGCCUCUGGCGCUGUUACGGACCGGCGCCAUGGUUUCAAGACACUUGCAGAGCUCGGAGAUGUCCAGUUCAUUGUGGGGGACUGGAUGUCUGAAAUGAACAUGACAGUCAGAGCAGCAGGGAAAAUCGACUCCAACGGCACUUCCGAUGAGUUUGAAAGGGCUUUUCUUGAGGGUAUUGAGCCCGCCCUUCCGCAUCUGGCAUCCAAGGGGAUUAAGGUUGCGGUCGACGCGGGUAGCAGCGACACCCAGAAGCUCUGCAGUAUAUUGGCGAACAAGAUUGAAGCCCAAGGGCUGAGCCUUCGCGUCGGAUGGAUCGAAGGCGACGAAGUCAUCGAUCUCGUGCGUGAAGACUUACAGGCUGGGGCGGAGCUUAGGAGUCUGACCACUGGUCAAAAGCUACUUGACUGGGGGUACGAGCCUCUGUAUGCUCAGUGUUACCUUGGCAGCUGGGGCAUUGUCGAGGCGUUCAGAGGUGGCGCGGAUAUUGUUAUCUGCGGCCGCGUGGCAGAUGCAUCUCCUGUUAUCGGCUGUGCCGCCUAUCACUACGGAUGGCAGCGCAGAGAUUAUCAGCAGCUCGCCAGCGCCCUGGUUGCCGGCCACAUGAUCGAGUGCUCUACCUAUGUCACGGGAGGAAACUUCUCGGGCUUCAAAUCGUUGCCUGGUGACGUGACUAAUAUCGGGUUUCCUAUCGCCGAAAUCCUGCCCAGCGGUGACUUCUACGUCACGAAGCAGAAGGACACUGGUGGCAUGGUGACGACAGAAACGUGCAAGGCCCAGCUGUUGUACGAGAUCCAAGGGCCCCUGUAUUACCAUUCAGAUGCUGUUGCUGUUCUGGAUGGGAUCAAGUUUGAACAGGUCGGAGUUGAUCGAGUCUUCGUUUCCAACAUUGGAGGCCGGAAACCUCCCCCCACCACCAAGGUCGGCAUUACUGCCAAGGGCGGAUUCCAAGCUGAGGCCCAUUACUUCCUAUGCGGCCUGGAUAUCGAGGAAAAGGCUCAGCUACUUGAGAAGCAACUCCGAUCGGCUUUAGACGAGUCAAAGUACCAUUGUUUGAAGUUCCGCACGAAUGGAGGAUGCCUAGAGAAUCCUGAUAGCCAGGAUUCAGCUACCGUUGACUUUCGUGUCUUCGCUCAAGCUAGAAACGAGAGCGAUCUUUCUAGGGCUUCCUUCCUCGAGCCUAUCACGAAUAACAUCAUGCAAGGCUACCCUGGCGCUACCUUUGCAAUGGAUACGCGGCAGGCUCUACCAAAGCCGUAUUAUGAGUACUGGGUAACGCUAGUAUCGCAGAGUCGGGUUAGGCAUAUUUGCCAUCUACCUUUCAGCAACUUGCAUGUGACUAUUCCUGCGCCCGACGACACAGAGGAUUUUGUUAUGAACCAGGUCUCUUAUGAGACUACUAACCCCACCGACCUAUCCGAUUUCGGUCCGUGUGUCUGGAAGCCUUUGGGCUACGUCGUCCAUGCGCGUUCCGGGGACAAGGGGUCGGACUCAAACGUCGGCUUCUUCGUUCGCAGUGCCGAGGAAUGGGACUGGCUACGCACCAUACUGACAGUCGACAUGGUCAAGACGCUCCUCGGCCGGGAUUACACCGGUAAUCGUAUCUUUCGCUUUGAGCUGCCUAACAUCUGGGCUGUUCAUUUUCUCCUCAAGAACCAUCUGGACCGCGGUGUGGGAGCCAAUUCAACAUAUGACUUCCUGGGGAAGAACGUGGCGGAAUACCUGCGGAGCAAGCAUGUACAGAUUCCCGUGAAAUUCCUUGAGCAUGGGAGGAUCUAA